UGACGGCGGCUGAGAACCAUAUGACUGGCAAGUCAGCAUUGAUCGUAGGCGCGACAGGAGCGACAGGGCGCCAUAUCCUGCGCGCGUUGCUUGCCUCUACCGUAUUCACUCGCGUCGGCGAGUUCGGCCGCAAGGUCACCCCGGAGGACCAGAUAGCGGAGCACAAGGCAAGCGGCAAGCUGGUCCAGAAGGUGAUCGACUUUGAACGCGUCGCCGAGGAGGGGCUGGGCGAAGGAAAAUGGGACGUGGUCUUCAUAACGCUCGGCACGACACGCAAGGCAGCUGGCAGCGCAGAGAUAUACGUUGUCAACGCUGCGCGUGCUACGAAGACACAGGACCUAGCACAUAAGCAGCGCGUUGUUUAUCUCUCGAGCGCCGGAGCAGACGCCUCGUCACAUUUUCUGUACACACGGAGUAAAGGCCUCACAGAGCAGGGCCUAGCCAGCAUUGGAUUCGACGAUGUCGUUAUCUUCCGCCCAAGCUUCCUCGCGGAGGCAAACAGGGAGCAACCGAAGCCGGGCGAGGCUUUUAUAGGGCGCGCGGUUGGAUUGUUGUCUGUGGUUGCACCCAAUGUCCAGAUACCGGUGCCGACGCUUGCCCAGAGCAUGUACAAGGCGGGCGAGGUGGGAUCAGCCGCAUUGCCUACGGGCAUAAAGACGGAGCAAGUCCGCUUCAAGGACGCGUCCGGGAAGGAGCUCUCGUACACCGUAAUUGAUACUGCGGCUGCUGUGAAGCUCGCGGGGCAUGCUUGACAGUGUGCUUGCCUUGUUUGGCGUGUGGUUGUAUGCGUGCUAUCUGCUUACCGCUAAAUGGUCAUUCUCGCGACAGACAUGUUGGCUGUGGAGUGUGCAGGUUGGGAUUCCUGAUCCUUUCAAUGCUCAUAUCGUACCCCGCGGU